CCCGAACGUGGCGCACAGGGCGGCGAUGCACCAGCCGCGGCCAGGGGAGGGGCCCCGGGGCCUGUAAACGUGGUGCCUGCGGGGCUGGGCGGCCCCGCCUGCCUCCGGCCCCCGCUGCUGAGGCCGGAGGAGCGCGGCGGCUCUCUUCUUUGCUUCUGCUUUUUAAACCCACAAAAUGUCUGAAGUUAAGCCAAGGAAAAAAGGUAUUGCUUCAUCUAAGACCAGUGAAGGUUCACAGAAGUCUGAGAAGCACAGUAAUUAUGGGAAGCUGGCAAGUCCCAGGACCAGCAAUAAUCACAGUUCCUUUUGGACGGACUCGAGGACAAGUUUGAGUAUUGUUUCCCUUGCCAUUUGCCUGGUGGUGAGCUGGUUUCUAUUUCAGCAGUCAGGUCAAUUUGCUGAUCUGGAAAGAAAGUACAAUUUUUUACAUCAAGAAGCUGAAACAAUCCUGGAUGUGGGAAAUAAAGUAAACUUUAUUUCUGAAAAGCUUGAGUCUUCUGAAAGUGUCCUGCGAGAAGCUGCCUCAUCCAUCUCUGUGAUGACUGAGUUUGGGCAGGAAAUAUCUUCUCUUCAGAACAUAAUAAAUGAUAUUCAGAACAAUGAACAGACUCUCUCUCUAAAGAUGCAGAGCAUUAAUGAGAAGUUCCAAAAUGUUACAAAUUCCUGGAGAAGAAGCCUGGAUGAAAUGAACAGAAAUGCUAGCGGUUUAAAAUCUGAAGCUAAGUUCAUACAUACAGAAGUUACUUCCAAAACCAAUGAAGUUGACCAAAGAAUUAAAUCCCUUUCAGAAAGAGUAAGAGAUUUGGAAGACAGUACAGCCAGAAAUAUCAGAACACUAAAAAAGCAAGAAGAUGAUGAAUUUGUUAGAGUUGAACAGAAGUUGAACUUGGAUGCAAAGUCAGUUGAAAAGCUAGAAGAGGAACAGAAUAGUCUGGUAGUCAAGGACACAGAUCUGAAUCAGAAACUUGCAAACUAUGAACCUAAAAUUGAGGAGUGCAAGACCCAUUUGCCAACAAUUGAAAAUGCUAUUCACUCUAUUCUUAGGUUGUCAAGUGACUUGCUUGGUAUGGAGAAAAAGGUAGAGGAUUUGAAGACACAGCUGUACGCUGUGGAAAGUGACAUGUUGAAAACUGUUUCUGAUACAGUGGUGAUACAGAAGUCUCUUGAAGGCCUCCAGUCCAAAGGCAGCUUGUUGGAAAUGCAGCAUGAAAUAGCUGUUCCAGAAACAGGGCCUGACUUAACAGUAUCUUCAAAAGCAACAGAAGCAACUUUAGAAAGCUUUAACUUAGAAAAUGACCAGAAUGGGGAUAAGUGAAUUUGAACUUAGGUUUUUCAUUGAUGAAAAAGCACUUUUUAAUAAAUAAUGUGAUUUAAAUGUACAUCAAAGAUAGCUGAGGUAUUGUUGUUGAUCUAAAGAGACAUUGGAACAGCCUGAAAGGUUGGGAAAGGGGCUGGAGAACAAGAGAGUAAUACUUUAUGGAAGAAGGAAAGGAAUAUUUUCUAAAAUUAAGGAUUAUUUUCAGUUUAUUUAUUAAAAGAUCUUUUUUAUUAAAAACUUGAAGCAAGGUAUUUAGAUUUGCGGGAGAAACAGGUUCAUAUUUUUAGUUUGUAUUUGGUUUUGACUACUUGGUUUCUUUUGUUGUUACUUUAUGUAUUAUUUUCCAUAGACUUGUAAUAGACUUGUAACACUGAACAAUUAAUCACUUAUUUCUCAGCAGAGAUAGCUGUACCUUGCUUUUAAUGUUUUGUAACCAUCAAGGUUUCACGCUGCAGGAAAGCACUGAGUACACUUUUAACAGCUGAAGUUAAGAUGCAACACUCAUAGAGAAAACACUUAGUAAAGUACCCCCUACUGAGAACCUUGUGUUGUUCUGGCAUCUAUAUCUGGUAUUUACAUAGCAGCUGGCUUGUUUUUAUUUUUGGGGGAGCUUUUUGGUGCUUUAGAAACAAAUUCUAACCUUUUCUUCUGUAAGGAUUUUUUUGUUAGGCAUUACAUGAUACGUCUCUUAUUGCUUUGCAUUUGAAAAGAGAAACACUGUUUUAACAGUGUCACUGACAUUGUUUCCUGAAGUUUGCUGAACCAAGAGCUGCAAAAAUAAUUAAGGAAAUCAGUGGAAUUAUGUCCUUGAGAGCAGGGAAUAUAUCCAGUUUAUCCACAGACCUACUUAUACAUGAUGUAGUACUACCUAAUAGGCCUGAUAGCUGUGCAUUGAAAUUUGGGUAUCAGGGAGAACACAGAUUGUCUGCAGAUUUAUUGUCUUGAUAAUUUUGCAUUUCUCAGGAAAGGAGAUUGCUUAGUAGAAACAGUACAAGCCCAAAACAUUAUCACUUAAUCAGAUUUAAUUUCAAUUAUUCUGGGUUUAUACUAUGAUUUCUCGAGAACUCCAUUGAAAUCUUCCCUAAUCAGGUAACACUGCUCAUUCAAGAGACUAUGAAGCCAAUUUUUCUCAGUCUUAUAAAGCUGUGUUGGUUUCAUUUAAUUAUUGCUUAUGUAUAAAUUUCUGUUUACAGUCAUAUUCAAAAUAAAAAUAUAUUGUAGUGAA